AUGUGGGGUCACCAUGAAGCAGACCUGGGCAGUUGGAGGGCACCACGGUACCGCAUGGGCAGGCCAUUUAUCGAGGAGUACCAACGAAGACUGGGCAUGGACUUUCCCGCCGAAGACUGGGACGAUAGGAAUCUGUUGUAUGCCAUUGCAAAGGAAAGUAUGAGGUACUUUGUCGAGAAAUACCCUGGUGGAUUUGACGCUUGGCGGGAGCCGACCGCGACGACUUGA